AUUGAAAGGUGGUAGAAUAUAAGUGGUUGGGGUGUAGAGUUUAGUUUGGAUUCUACAUGAUGAAGAAUCAGUAGAAAGAAAGAGUAGAUUGACAUUUGUAGGAAAGUAUUAGCUAACCUUCUAAGCUUGAGCAGUUAAUAAGCACAAAUUGAUCUUCCCUAUGAGUCAUAGGCUAUGACCCUAUCUCACUAUAGGCAACACAUGAAUCGUGUGUUGAAGCCAUUCUCAGAAAUCUUUCAUAAGCCAAAUACGUGUGAGUAACAUAAAGUUCCAACCAUAGUAAAACUUACCCUCGGACUGUUACAUCAUGAUGGUUCCAUGUAGUUCAACUUUCUUUCUUUCUUCCUUCCUUUUUAAGUACGUAGCAUCUUAUUUACACCAACUAUAUAUAUAUGAGGUCUCAUCAAAGACCAAGUUAAUAAAAUAUUUUUGUUUCACAAAGUUGAGUUAGACUUUAGUUUUGAUCAUGAGAGAUAUAUUUGAAAAACAAUCAUCAUCUCCCCAAGGUUCAAAUUAUGCAUCAAGUAGUGGCUUGUCUGGGGAUGAUAAAGAGCUUGGCUAUAGAGCUGCAACAUCAGUGCAUCCAUAUCUUUUGGCCAAAAACAUUUAUCUUCAUUUCUUAGCCAACAAAAUUGACCUCAAUUUCGCUCGCAUGGUAAUGGCAGAGGUGGUGGGUACUUUUAUAUUGAUGUUUUGUGUAUGUGGAAUCAUUGCAAGCACACAACACCAAAAUGGUGCAGUUGGCCUUUUGGAAUAUGCAGCUACAGCAGGAUUAACUGUGGUUGUGAUAAUUUUCUCUAUAGGUCCAAUUUCUUGUGCACAUGUUAACCCAGCUAUCACAAUAGCCUUUGCAACAAUUGGUCACUUUCCAUGGUUCAAGGUUCCAAUUUAUAUAAUAGCACAAACAAUUGGUUCUUUGAUGGCAACAUAUAUUGGUAGCCUUGUCUAUGGCAUAAAAUCAGAGGUUAUGAUGACUCAACCACUCCAAGGGUGUAACUCUGCCUUCUGGGUGGAGGUUAUUGCAACAUUCAUCAUCAUGUUUUUGGUUACUGCUUUGACAUCUGAACAUCAAUCAGUGGGACAUUUAUCUGGUUUUGUUGCUGGAAUUGCAAUUGGGCUUGCUGUACUAAUUACAGGCCCUGUGUCAGGUGGAUCAAUGAAUCCAGCAAGAUCACUUGGUCCAGCAAUUGUGUCAUGGAAAUUUAAGAAUAUUUGGAUAUACAUCUUAGCCCCAAGUGGAGGAGCUGUGGCAGGAGCUCUAAUGUUUCAUUUCCUACGUCUUAAAGACCAACAUUGUACCUCCCCAAACACAAGUGAAGUUGGUCAUCCAAUACCUUUUUGUGCAAGGAGAAGUGGGCCCAUGAUUUUGCUGGUAGAGAAAAAUUGGAGUAUAUUGUGUGCCAGAUUAAAAGGGUUCAGACAAAGAUAUGACUUAAGAACAGAAGCAAUAUCUGAUGGUGUUUAUCAUAAGUUGUCAUUGUAAUUAGUAGAAGUCUGUUCACGUUCUGUAAGAUGGAUUGAUUACUAAUUUACAUGAUUCAAAUCA